GUGGCCAUGACGCCGCCCCCCUGACACCAUAUCCGACUCCUCCCCGGCCGUAGCCUGUUGUAAAGAUGGCGUCCAUCAUGGAGGGGCCGCUAAGCAAGUGGACGAACGUCAUGAAAGGCUGGCAGUACCGCUGGUUCGUGCUGGACUACAACGCCGGUUUGCUGUCAUACUACACGUCAAAGGACAAGAUGAUGCGAGGAUCCAGAAGAGGCUGUGUGCGACUCAGGGGAGCUGUGAUCGGCAUUGAUGACGAGGACGACAGCACAUUCACCAUCACUGUGGACCAGAAGACUUUCCAUUUCCAAGCCCGAGAUGCAGAUGAGCGGGAGAAGUGGAUCCAUGCCUUAGAGGGAACUAUCCUGCGUCACACCCUCCAACUACGAGAGGCCGAGACAGGAUUUGUUCCGAGCGUUCAAGACUUUGAUAAGAAGCUCGCUGAAGCUGAUGCCUACCUGCAGAUUCUGAUUGACCAGUUGAAGCUGUUUGAUGAGAAGAUCAAGGACUGCAAAGAGGAUGAAUCACGCAGAAAAAUUGAAAAUUUGAAAGAGACUACUUGUAGUAUGGUAGAGUCCAUCAAGCACUGCAUUGUACUGCUGCAAAUCGCAAAGGACCAAAGUAACGAACAGCAACACGCAAACGGACUUAUAAGCACCAUCAACCCAGUGGAUGGGAUCUUCCAGCCAACUCUGGACACUCCUGUAGUCAACACCACGAUGCCAACACAGACUACACUACCAACAGACGCUUCUCAGGUGUGUAAAUCAGACCAACGACCUUCCACGUUACCUGUUGGUCCCGUUGUCACGGUGAUGGGCAGUCUGCAAACCCCAACUCCCAACAGCACAGGGAGUGGUCCAUCAGGCCCCAGCAGUGGCGUCACUUCCCCGGCUCUCAUCCCCCUACCCUCGCACUCUGUGCCAGAUUUCUCCUAUUCCUCCAGUGAGGAUGAAUUCUACGACGCUGAUGAAUUUUACCAGAGCACCACUUCCCCCAAACACUGCAUAGAUCCCUCAGGGCCUGCAGCCGCCCAACCCCUCUCUAAUGAAGACACGGCAUUGAAACGACCAGACACCACCGAGUCCCUCAACUCGUCCAUGUCCAAUGGAACUACAGAAGCAGAUCCGUUUGAUAGCCAUGACGACCGUGAUGAUGAUGGAGAGGGCGAGUCGGUGGAGGAGCACAAGAGCGUCAUCAUGCAUCUGCUGUCACAAGUUCGUUUGGGCAUGGACCUCACAAAGGUUGUCCUGCCAACCUUCAUCCUAGAGAGGAGAUCUUUGUUAGAAAUGUACGCAGACUUCUUUGCACAUCCCGACUUAUUUGUAAGUAUCGCUGAGCAGCCGGAGCCCCGGGAGCGCAUGGUUCAGGUGGUGAAGUGGUACCUGUCUGCCUUCCAUGCAGGGAGGAAAGGCUCAGUGGCCAAGAAACCUUACAAUCCAAUCCUGGGAGAAGUUUUCUACUGCCACUGGGAUCUGCCCACAGAGGCAGAGGAGCCCUCCCCACCCACAGAGACAAUAUCAGAGGGUCCUGUUCCCUGGUCUUCGUCCAACAGUGUGUGUUUUGUGGCAGAGCAGGUCUCUCACCACCCACCCAUUUCUGCAUUCUACGCAGAGUGUUUAAAUAAGAAGAUCCAGUUCAACGCUCACAUAUGGACUAAGUCAAAGUUCUUAGGCAUGUCCAUAGGUGUGCACAACAUCGGCCAAGGCUGUGUAUCGUGUUUGGAGCAUGAUGAACAUUACAUCCUCAACUUCCCUAAUGGAUACGGCAGGUCGAUUCUGACCGUGCCGUGGGUGGAGCUGGGCGGGGAGUGCAACAUCUCCUGCUCCAAGUCGGGCUACAGCGCAAACAUAGUGUUCCACACCAAACCCUUCUACGGAGGGAAGAAGCACAGGAUCACUGCUGAGAUUUUUGCACCUAAUGAUAAGAAGUCUUACUGCUCCAUUGAAGGGGAAUGGAAUGGAGUGAUGUACGCCAAGUGGGCGACUGGAGAGAACACAGUGUUCAUCGACACUAAGAGGAUAGGUAUCAUCAAGAAGAAAGUGAGAAAGCUGGAAGACCAGCUUGAUUACGAGUCCAGAAGAUUGUGGAGAGAUGUGACGCUGAACCUGAAACUGAAAGACAUCGAUUCAGCAACAGACGCCAAACACCGGUUGGAGGAAAAGCAGCGAGCUGAAGCACGAGAGAGGAAGGAGAACGAGCAGCAGUGGGAGACGAGGCUAUUCCACGAGGACGGCGAGUGCUGGGUCUACGACGAGCCUCUAUUAAAGAGAUUAGUCUCUCAGAGGCAAUGAGGAGACGACGCACACUCUGACACAAACACACCAAUGUAUGCAUAAAGAAAUGCACACAUAGCAGAGUCUUCAUAAGAACUCUUUUGCAAAAAACACUUCUUAUCCAAGCCUUGGAAUGACUGAUGAUUGAUGAUGUACACAGCUUUGCGUCUGACUGUAAAACAACAAUAUGGAAGUGAAUGAAAUCGAACGGGAUCAAAGAUGUAACAUGAAAAUUAGCAACGCUUCUUCUCCUUAUUUUGGGCAAACUCAGCUUUCGACGCCAUCGAGCCCCACCAUCACGAGACCUGUCGGUGCACAGAGACAGCACAGGAGCGUCCCUGCUUUUCGUUUUCUCCACUCUGUCCGUCAGCUCCAUGACCACACCCAUCGUCUGCUCCACGCUUCACACACGUGGUUUUUGUUGGGAGGGGGCGGGUACAGGGGUGUGGUUGGUGUUCAAAUCAAAUGAACCUUGACAAAUAAAACAGCGCUCUACAUCUCAGGGAAUCUGGUGACUGAGGAAAAAAAAGCUGCUGCUCCCUCUGAGAGUCUGACAGCCUUAGUACAGUGGAACGGAUUAAUCUUAAAGGGGCGGGGGAGAAAUUCUCUGAUUGCCUGCAACUAGUUAUAACUGUUGUUUAUAUAUAGAUAUGAUAUACAUAUGAUGGAUAUAUAAAUAUAUAUUCUUUUUUUAUUUUCAAUGCUCUUUUUGUUUAUUUUUCUUUUUGGCAAUAGUGUAAAAUAUUUGAGGAUAUAAACUUGAUGGAUUUACAUCUUUAGGAAUCAUUCCAUUUAUCCCUUUUUUUUUCUGUUACCCUUUAAAAGUUGACUCGCCACAUAUUUGGUUCUCCUCACAGUUCUGUGUCUCGAGUGUUAUCCAGAAGCAAAGCCCUGCGUAACCCAGAGCACAGAUAAAUGGAAUAUAUGCAAUAUAGAAAUAAUUUCCAUUGCCUGUCACUGGAGACAUUUGUACAUCCGUUAUACCAAAAAAAAUUGUUGGAGAAAAGGUUGAAGAGAACAAACAAUCUUCUAAAAAAAAUUAAAAAAAAAGAUGUUUCCAUGUUAACUGAAGGCAUUUAUGAACGAAUGAUUGUUUACAUAUUUUUGUCUUUCUGGAUUUCUGGUCUGUGAUGAGGACAUAACGGUUGGACUUAGUCUGUGAUGUCUCCUUUUCUGUUGUGCACAUGACGUGUCCCUGUGUCCUCUCCGGACCGCUGACUCGACAGUGGAUCACCUUGAUGACCGCUCCUGUGUCAUCGGAGGGUGGAGAGAGGGAUUCAGAUAGGAGUUUCUGUAUUCUGCUGGUUCAGUCUCCUUGUCAUCUUGUUUUUUUCUCCAUGGUUUUUCAAGAUAAGAACUACAUAUAGGGCGGUGUUCACCGUGUUCACCUCGGACCAUUCAUCAUUCAUUCUCUUAUUUCCAGCUGGAUCUAAAUGUUGCGUUAUUUGGAUGAGAUACAAGAAAAAACACAAUUCACCUGAAAAUGCCUGAGAACAUCUUUUAAUGCUGCAGCAAACUCUGAUCAGAUCACGUCACGUCCAUGGUAACAGAUGUUUUGAGUUUUAAAUUCAAUUAAAAUGAUGGAGUUAAAAAAUACAUUCCUGAUGCUUUAUGUGCAUCCAGCGACAUACAAAUUGAAAAUGGAAAUACUGGUGUUUGCUGCAGUCGAAUUGAAUCCUCUUCUAAAUUGGACUAAAAUGCUCUUUUGAAACAUCCCAGUCCCAGCUAAACAUGAAGCUACUAUUUUGUGUUUUCCUCUUUCAUGUUUUGUCGUUGUAAAUUAUAUUGAAUUGAGGCCUUGUCAUACAUUUCAGUAUCACUCAUUGUCGCCUGAUAGAGAGUAAUCAAGACAAAUGUAUUUUUUAUUUCCUUCUGAUCAUAACCAUUGAUUGUAUCAGAUCCUCCUGUUUAUUGAUGCAUAUAUUAAAUCUCCAUGAGUUUA